AUGUCCGAUCAGAUCCUCUUGGGAGAGUUCAUCCACAGACAGAACUCCAUAAACAAGCCAGCUGCCUGUAUAGCAUGUAAGCGAAAAAAAAUCCGGUGCAACAAAUCGAAUGAAGGGUGUGACAACUGCAGCAAGUCAAGUCUGCAAUGCGUAUAUCCUGCCCCCGAGGUUGGCGCCAAACGAAAACGAGGUCCCUACAAGAAGGACAAGACGCCACGCGAACGCCACUUGGAAGACCUCGUUAAGUAUCUAAAGCCUGAAAAGUCGGAGAACGAUACUGGAAGCUCGGAUCAAGGCUCUCCUCAGAACGAAUUGACGCCUGGUUUGAGCAGCCUGAGUCGAUCAACAUCUGCGCCUUCAGCUGCACAGGCCUCUAACUCUGAAUCUCUGGUCACGGACGCUUUGAUAGCAUUGACACGUUCGUCGGUCGCGGAUCAGUGUGCCCAAGAUGACUCUGGGCAGUCUCUCUUACACAAAUACGUGUCAUCUGGUGUACAUGGCGCCGCAGCGUCUCAGCAUCCUCCUGUCCGACGCAUCUUCGAGUACUGGCAUCUUUUCGUUGCUAGGGUUGAUCCAAUGGUCAAGGUGAUCCACUGCCCUACCUUUGCAAAGAAGCUGUUUGGCGUAAUUGACAACAUCGGCAAUGUGUCACCAUCGACCAACGCACUUUUGUUCAGCAUUUAUUACACAGCACUGGGCUCAUGUACAGCCCGUGAGGCUCGGCAGAGGUUUGGGGAGAGCCGGGAGGAGCUGAUGCAGCGUUUUGGCCGGCAUUUUGAGUCUGCUGUAGGUCAUAGUUUCGACGUACCUUCGUUGGAAUCGCUACAGUCGCUCAUACUGUACAUGAUCGCUCUUCCGCAGAUUCCCAAUCACAGACAUGGAGGAGGAAGCAUCAAGCAUAUGUUCACUUUGGCAAUACGAUCAGCACAAAUGAUGCGGCUACAUGAGGAUCCAGGGUUAUCCUUCUCGCCGUUCGAAGCCGAAUUGCGGCGUCGUCUCUGGUAUCAUCUGUGUGGUCUAGAGUCGCGAUCGGCUGAGGAGAGCAGCUCCAGGCAACCGAGUUUCUUGCACAACCAUGCUGUUCGAAUGCCUUCGAAUCUCAACGACUGGGAUAUUGCCCCUGGGAUGUCCCAGGCGCCGCACGCACGGAAUGGGAUCACGGAAACGACUUUUCCGAUACUGAGAUUUGAGAUACACAGCCUGAUAUUUGGAUUACUUGAAAUCAAGAAGAAAUGGGCGACGUUUGAGCCUUCCGAGACAACGAACCGCAUGCGAGAGGAACAAAUUGAAUGGCUCGAACGGACACAAAGGAGGCUGGAAAAUGAAUACAUGGAGCAUCUUGAUAUCUCGCGGCCGCACGACUGGAUGUGCAAUCAGUUCGUGGGAUGCAUGCUGAUCAAGGCUCGGCUGAUGGUCGAUUUCCCUUCUGGGACCGUUCCUUCAAAGACGAUGUCGCUACGAGAGCGCAUGCACCUCCUCCAGGCUUCCGUAGAAAUCAUUCAGCUCUCGCACUUACUUGCUACCGACGACCGGAUAAGCGAUUGCCUAUGGUAUUUCCGCGGCUACAUCCAGUGGCAUUGCAUAGCGGUCGUAGUUGCGGAAUUAGGCUGGAAUGCGAAUCAGAGCUUCUCAAACAGUGCCUGGGCUGUCCUCGACCCAAUACUCGGCGAUUGGGACAUUGUGUACAAGUCCAAACGAGACGAUCCAGCGUGGCAUCAUGUCAACACCAUCAUUGAGCGCGCAAGAUCGUUGAGACUACAAAACAGAGCUCAUACUGCUAGGAGAAUCCCUGCAGAGAAGGCUAGAUCUAGCGUGGAUGUGCUUUUGGGCAGAGCUACCUCGACUGGCACGUCGACCAUGUCUCCUUAUCAAAAUCGUAGCACUGUCACGGAUACUCCAGGCGGCCAAAAUCAAAUGACCCCAACGAUCGAAUGUCAUGACCUUCCGCGAGAGACAUGGAGCUUACAGCAGCCGGAGCCUUUGCAGUUUGAACAAACCCCUGUAUCGCAAUAUCAGACAGUUGGGUACCAAGGCGCUGAUACGUAUGCCCCUGUGGGGGCGAUGGGGAGUUUUGGCAUCGACUCGAGUGGAUUCGAUGAGAUUGACUUUGCUGCUUUCAACGAGGUGUUUAACAGUCAGAGCUGGAAUCAUUUCGAUCCGAUGGAAAUCAGCAAGUCGCAGCGGUACGAGCCCGCGCCCUAUACGGCAUGA